AUGGAGGAGUGGGGCUUCAGUGCCGGAGAUGAAGUUGAGCUCAGGGGCUUGUCAAAGCUGGAGCUCAAUGGCCAGCGGGGCACCGUCUUGCCCCUGGAAUUCCCGGAGCAGGCGCAGCAGCUGGGGCGACUGGCGGUGAUGCUGCACUCCGGCAAGCAGCUGUCUCUAAAAGUGGGGAAUCUGCACAAGGUCAAAGCCGAGAUCAACACAGGAGGAGACCUUGGAGCGGAAUGGUCUGCCUCUCUGCACCCUGGUGCAUCACGGCCCCUGCGCGCGGCGGCCGCUCCGGGUCGGGAGCUCGUGGUCAUGACCCUGAACAUGCAGUACCUUGCGAGCUUUCCCCAGGACCCGACUCUUGCAAGGCGUCGGCUGGUUGAGAUCACGUCUACAGUGCCGCGCCCUGACGUAAUCUGCGUGCAGGAAGGCUUGGAAGGGAUCGACCUUUUCGGCCAAGUCGGUUACAGCAAGCUCAUCUCCUCGGCCGUAAAGGCGCAGCCGCUGCGCGAGUGUCUUUACGACGACCCCGGGGCCCUGGGAGCCGUACCUUCAGUGGCUCAUGAGAGCCUCAUGGUCAAUGAGCUGUACCUGCGAACUGACGACUGCCUUUGGGAAGCUCAGUCGACAGGCGUGGACCAGAUAUCCUCCCCGUCUUUGAUAGUUGCGCACGGUGGCGGCGAGCAAGCUCUUGUUGCUCGGUCGGCGGUGUGGGCCCGGCUUGGAUUGAAGGGCUCCACCGAGGGGCCGUUUGUUUACGUGCUGAACACGCAGCUGAGCGGCUCCCGGAUCGAGGACGAGUUGUUCCUGUCGCAGCUUGGUGAUGAGAGGCUCAAGCACCCAUCAUGUCGCCAAAACCCCGCCGCGAUCCUCGGAAUGGAAGCAGCGCAGGGCCGUAGAGCCAUGGGCUUGCUCUUUGAACCGGAAGAAGACGUAGAGGAGGCAGAGUGGAGUGGAUUGGGGGAAAGCCGUGGUGUGCCAAAGUCGCAACCUCUGUGCAGCGCCGUCCAGGGUCUCAAAGUUGCGAGCCUCUGCAUCCUGGCCCUAGCCAUCGCAGGUCUCUUCCUUUCAGGUCCAUCUUCCAAGCAGACGAGCCGCUUUAGACCAGACCUUCUUGCAGAGUACGAGAAGGGACACCAUGAGUCCAAGUCAGCUCCGGCACAGAUGGAUGUCGGUCCGGCUUCCUUGCUUUGGCAGUGCUUUUCAGGGUCUGUUCCCACUGCCUGCAGCACCUCCUUUGCCAGCAGCUUUGCCUGCUUGCUAAUCUCCGCUUUCUUGUGCCUCUGUCUCAUGGCGAUGAACUUCUCAAAGCUGGAGCCCGGGUCGGGCGAGCACGCUCAGGUCAACGAAGAGCUGAGGCUGCUUGGCCACUUCUCUUUCUCCACUCAUCACAUGAACUCCCGUGAGCCAGAUCACGAUGCCAAGCAGAGGAUGCAAAGAUCCUGGGAUGUCUCUACCAGAGAGAACCUCCCGAUUCUGGAGCAGCUUUCGAAGAUCAUGAACCGCCAUCCGGCCUUUCGAUUCCGGCUCAAGGGCAUCUCCUAUGGAAAUGGUGAGAUCAGUCAGCGCACGGAGUCAGCCUUUUACGAAGACUUUCACAAUUCCUUCCCGCAGGAGCGGAUGGACUGGUUGCAGCCAUACGCGCACGCGCGCGCCCUGAGCCUGAAGCGAGCGCUAAACCAGCGCGGCAUCUCCUACGAGCGGUUGCACACGAUGGUUCAGGUAUUGGCUUUCUCGGCACUGGCUUCGGCCGUGGCAUCCUCCCUUUAUGAUCUAUCCGCAGUAGAUAUCGACGGAAAGAAGAUUCCCCUCGGCUUGGAAGGCUUCACGAAGUCCAACUAUGAAAUGCUGACGCGACUUCAGAAGAAGUAUUCUGACAAACCCGUUCGCUUUCUUCUGUUCCCGUGCAACCAGUUUGGAGAACAAGAGCCUGGCACGAACGCCGAGAUCAAGAAGUUUGCGGAGCAGUAUGUUGCUCUGGCCAAGAACGGUGGGGAUAGCAAUGUGAUCAUGUUUGCAAAGUCGAACCUCAACGGCGUGGCCUGCACGUACUCUGGCGAAGAUGCGUGCAUGCCAGGGUCCAAGGAAUGCUGUGCCGAGAAUGAUGCCGUAUAUACGUAUUUGCUUGCGAACACGCCGCCGGGAACUAUCUCCUGGAACUUCGACAAGAUCAUGACGGACUUGUCUGGCAAGCCCUAUGCCGGCGAAGUGAUUAUGCACGGUGGUGAUGUCGAUGCAGCCGUAAGCAAUGUUGUGGACAGCUUGCUGGAGGGUGAUGCGCCCAACUUGGUGGCGCUUCCCGAUGCUGCAACCAACCUUGGCCCGGUGCUGGCCUUGGCUGCGGCAGGCAUGCUCCUGGCUGCACUCUAUGCAGCCAGACCUCGACAGGAAACGUCGGGGGACGACAGCACUGGCUACAUUCAGAUUGCGAGAAGGCAGGCUGCGCGCCUGGUGGAUCUUUUCUCCUCACGCUCCGCAGAGGACGACCUGGGGAUCAUCGUGGGAGACUUCGGCGCAGUGUCGGGCCCUUUCGGCAGUGACUAUCCCGAAGAAGCAGAGGCGCCUCUGCAAACAUUGGACGAUGUCGGAUGGUCCCUGGUCUACGACAAGGACGCGGUCCCCGCCAGCUGCCUCUUCGGCUUCCUCGCCGACUUCAUGGCGACGAGUCAGAAGGUCACGCCGCGAUCGGUGGAGGCCCUCGCUACGGCCGACGUCAUUGGCGAAGCGCAGCUGGAGGUUCCGAUUUCGGACCACAAGGCCAUCAAGGUUGCAUUCCCGCUCCCAGCUCUGGUGGCAUCGAGGACCAAGCCCACCGCGGCCUCCGGACUGCAGGAGCUGCCUGUCCUCGGCUUUGGCAGCCACUUCAUGCCAGAGGAUCUAGCGGAGCGUGUCUCCGAUCAGGAAUUCUACCGGCGGGUGGACGAGCUGACGCAAGCCGCUUUGCAGGAAGCGCUGGCGGCUGGUGUGAGACUUAUCGACAGCAGCAACCGUCACAUGAACCAGCAAAGCAUCGGCAGAGCUUUGAAGACAGCGUCAACUGGCAGCUUCCAGUGCGGGUGUGAAAUGAUGGCCGCAGUUGUCCAUGGCCAUGGCGGUCAGCCUCGCAGCUGGUCAGCAGCAGUCUUUGCUGCCAGCACUAUCAUCGGCCAGAAACGGUUUCUUUCUGCCCUGCCUGGUGGUUGUUUGGAAAGUUACCUGAAGCUGAAAGCUUCAGGCGACAUCCAGGCAGAUCCUCGGCAAGAGGAUUGCAUGAAAAUGUUGGACGGCCUGGCCGGAAACUUGGAGAGCUACUCGCCUAAAAUGGCAAGAGCUCCCAAGCCCACGCUGCCGCCCACUCCAUCUCCAGGCUUCUUCGGAAGCCUUUUUGGAGCCAAGGCCAAAGCUGCCAAGGCCCCACCGCCCAAAGCAGCCAUAACCCCAAACCCCGCGCCCGGCCAGAAAGGGCUGUACCUGUGGGGAGGCACAGGUACUGGCAAGACCUUCAUGAUGAAUAUGUUCUAUGACAAGAUCAAUGUCAAGGAGAAGAAGCGAAUCCAUUUCCACGAGUGGAUGAUUGAAGUCCACGAGAGACUUCAUCAGAAGAAGAUGGACAGAACAAGCAGGGACAACACUGCCGACGAUCUGGUGGAGCAGGUGGCAACGGACAUGAUGAGGGAGGGCUGGCUGCUUUGCUUCGACGAGUUUCAGGUGACACACAUUAGCGAUGCUAUCAUCAUGAAGCGCAUCUUCUCUGUGCUCUUCGAGCUGGGGGCCGUCGUCGUGGCAACUUCCAACCGCCCUCCACAGGACCUGUACCUGAACGGUCUCAAUCGCCCACUUUUCUUGCCUUUCAUUCCCAUGCUUGAAGACUUUUGCAAAGUACAUGACAUCGGUGCAGAGGUGGACUACCGAAUGACCUCCACGUGCGGCGGGGAGGACGACCGAGUUUACAUUACCCCCAAUGGACCUGCCGAGCAGAAAAUCCUGGAGUAUAAGUUUGCCAAGAUAUGCCAGGGCAAGUUCCGAACUGGCGCGCAGGUGCAAGCCCAGGGUCGCAAGCUCCUUGUGCCCCGCUGUGCCGAGACGUCCGAUGUAGCAUGGUUUGACUUUUCCGACUUGUGCAACAAGGCUCUGGGAGCAGCAGACUAUCUGGCCAUUGGCCGUACUUUCCACACAGUGUUCUUGGCAAACAUCCCCAAACUAACCAUGCAAGAGCGUGAUCAAGUGCGACGCUUCAUCACUCUCAUUGACUCUCUUUAUGAGUGUCAUACCAAAGUGGUCUGCACGGCAGAGCUCGAUCCGAUCCCGUUGUUCUACGUCUCCGAGGAGGAGCGAAACAUCUCAAUUGCAGAUGAGAUUUUCGCCUGGGAUCGGACGGCUGUGCAGCAGGAGGCCCUCAAUCGUGGGGAAGUCUUCCUUUGUGGCCGGAUCUCAAAGUGCAAGGACCGAGAGCAGGUGCGCAGUGAGGUCGACAUGCUCCUGAGAGAGUUGCAGGUGGAUUAUGUCGACCUGCUCGUGGCCGACUGUCCGCCAGAGCAAGUGCCGGCUGCCUGGCCCUGGAUAGAGGAGGUUGCGCGAGAAGGCCGCACCCGUUUCCUCGGCGUCUCCAAUUUCGAUCUCCUGGGCCCCAAGGUCUGUGUGGAGGUCUUCCGGAAGUUCCUUGCGGGCGUCAAGAUGCCGCCUGCAGUAUUGGCCAUGGAGGUCCAUCCGUUGAACACCAACGAAGAGAUGUCCGACUUGUGCCAGAGCAUGGGGAUUCAGGUCCUGGCCUACUCGCCACUCGGUGCGCCCCAUAAAGUGGAGACCUACCUGAAGGUGCUCACGAAAUCAGAUGCUCGAGAAAUGAGGCCCUUGCUGAAGGUGCCAGAGCUACAACUCCUACAGAGCAUCGCCAAUCGGCACGAUGCCACGGCAGCUCAGGUGGCUUUGCGAUGGAAUCUGCAACGCGGCCACUGCGUCGUUCCGAAGAGCUGGAAUCCCAACCACAUUCUCGAGAACACAAAGCUGUUCAGUUUUAAGCUCACCAUGGAGGAGAUGGCCUCCAUCACCAAACUGAAUAAAGGGGUGCGCGCAGAGCGAUUUUUCCAAGCCUCCUUCAGCACGGCGGCCAAGGCGCUGCCGCAAAUGACGCGCGAUGCGCACGACGAGUGUCGGAAGAUCCUGAACAAGAUCCGGGGUCCUGGCGGCAGCGUGCUCGAGCCAGGCUCGGUGCCUCAGGGCCUCGAGCCCGUCCCGCUGCCUGAGGGUGUUGCAAGGCGGGGCGGAGACGACGGCGGCCUCACCGGCAAGGUGGACUGGGAGAAGCUCGGCUUCCACCGGCCGGUCGAGGAAGAGCCUGGGUUUUGGAGACGCAUGGGCUUGGCGACUGGCAAGGGCCUGGACGGCAAGGGCAAGGGCAAAGGUGGCACUUCUCUUCUUCUGAAAGAUGGCUUACCCGUAGGGGGCAAGGGCGUGCCGCGCCCUGCCAUGGUGGGCUACAGGUAG